AUGACCGAUACGAAAGCCGUAGAAUUUGUGGGCCACACAGCCAUUGUAGUCUUUGGAGCUUCAGGGGACCUGGCUAAGAAGAAGACUUUCCCUGCCCUCUUCGGACUUUACCGUGAGGGAUACCUGUCCAACAAGGUGAAGAUUAUUGGCUAUGCUAGAUCAAAGCUGGAUGACAAGGAGUUCAAGGAUAGAAUUGUGGGCUAUUUCAAGACAAAGAACAAGGGCGACGAGGACAAAGUUCAAGAAUUCUUAAAGUUGUGCUCAUAUAUUUCAGCUCCUUAUGACAAACCAGAUGGGUAUGAAAAGUUGAAUGAAACUAUUAACGAAUUCGAAAAGGAAAACAACGUCGAACAGUCUCACAGGUUGUUCUACUUAGCUUUGCCCCCUUCUGUUUUCAUACCUGUUGCUACGGAGGUCAAGAAGUAUGUUCAUCCAGGUUCUAAAGGGAUUGCUCGGAUUAUCGUGGAAAAACCUUUCGGGCACGACUUGCAGUCAGCAGAAGAGCUUUUGAAUGCUUUGAAGCCGAUCUGGAAAGAAGAGGAAUUGUUUAGAAUCGACCACUAUCUAGGUAAGGAGAUGGUUAAGAAUUUGUUGGCCUUCCGUUUUGGAAACGCAUUCAUCAAUGCUUCUUGGGACAACAGACAUAUCAGCUGUAUCCAAAUCUCGUUCAAGGAGCCUUUUGGAACAGAAGGUCGUGGUGGCUAUUUUGACUCAAUUGGUAUAAUAAGAGACGUCAUUCAGAACCACUUGCUUCAAGUGUUAACCCUCUUAACCAUGGAGAGACCCGUCUCUAAUGACCCUGAGGCUGUUAGAGAUGAAAAGGUUCGCAUUCUGAAGUCAAUUUCUGAGCUAGAUUUGAACGACGUUUUGGUGGGUCAAUACGGCAAAUCUGAGGAUGGAAAGAAGCCAGCUUAUGUGGAUGAUGAAACUGUUAAGCCAGGUUCUAAAUGUGUCACAUUUGCAGCCAUUGGCUUGCACAUCAACACAGAAAGGUGGGAAGGUGUCCCAAUCAUUUUAAGAGCUGGUAAGGCUUUGAACGAAGGUAAAGUUGAGAUUAGAGUGCAAUACAAACAGUCUACUGGAUUUCUCAAUGAUAUUCAGCGAAAUGAAUUGGUCAUCCGUGUGCAGCCUAACGAAGCCAUGUACAUGAAACUGAACUCCAAAGUCCCAGGUGUUUCCCAAAAGACUACUGUCACUGAGCUAGACCUCACUUACAAAGACCGUUACGAAAACUUUUACAUUCCAGAGGCAUAUGAAUCACUUAUCAGAGAUGCUAUGAAGGGAGAUCACUCUAAUUUUGUCAGAGAUGACGAGUUGAUACAAAGUUGGAAGAUUUUCACUCCUUUACUGUAUCACUUGGAGGGCCCUGAUGCACCGGCUCCAGAAAUCUAUCCCUACGGAUCCAGAGGUCCAGCUUCAUUGACCAAAUUCUUGCAAGAUCAUGAUUACUUCUUUGAAUCACGCGACAAUUACCAAUGGCCAGUGACAAGACCCGAUGUGCUGCACAAGAUGUAA